CAGCAGGCCGCGGAGAUGUCCCCCGUCCAAGGGCGUAACCGAAUAUCGCGCCCAUGCGCGACAGGCCAUCAAGAGACUGUCGUUUGCCGCCAUGCGAGCUCUUGCCGAGCUGCGCAAAUCUCUUCCCCGAGCGCCUCUUUUCGAGCCAGAUCAGUGGAGGAAACGGCGGCAUCCGGAGGACCCAGCCAUCUAGACCUGGGCUCCCAGCGGCGAGGUGGCCCCAGCAUGCGUCAUGGCUGGCAUCGGAAGGGAGUUGUGCACGCCUCGCUCCCGGCACUGGCAGUCUGGCUGCUGCUGUUCCUACACCUGCCAAACAGUGCACAUGGCCGCCACUGCCAGAACGUUCCAAAGGUGCCAGGAUACAUGUGCGAUUGUGACUCGCGCUUCGGCCAUGAUGACCUUGGGGGCUGGCACCUGUCCUGCUACGGCACACAGGCCAACGAGCCGCAGCAGGCAUUUGUCAUCGAGUAUGCCAUCAACGACAUCAUUCGUGUGCAGUGUGAUACCGCGGCCCCAUACCAGACAGCGUUCUUCCAGAACUUCAGUGUGAGUGAGGUGGAGCGCUUCGCCUUUAGCUACUGCACCAUGCCCAAUGGCUCGUUCGCCCAAGUGCUCGAGGGGCUGGAUGUGACGUCAUUGCAACUGGUCAGCUGUGAAAUAGGUGACACACUGGACGCACGGCUGUUCGAAGGCCUUGACAAGCUCAAAAGGCUCACUGUAACUGGGAGCAAGGACCUGAGGUUCAUUCCAGAGGACACAUUUACAAACCUCACCACACUAGUAAAUCUUGAGCUCAACAACAACGCACUCGUAAGCCUUCCUGAGAAGGUCUUCUGGCCACUCAAGAACAUUACUAGCAUCCAGUUGGGCAGCAAUAUGCUGCAGAGUUUGCACUCUAGUCAGUUUAGGGGUCUCGACAAGCUCAUCAGCAUUUACCUCUACAAGAACAACCUCACCGAGCUGCCCCAAGGAAUCUUCACCAACCUCACAUCAGUGAAGAAUCUCGACCUCCUGCUUAACCACCUGACCAACAUCACAGACAGUGAUCUUGCAGACCUAAGUGGCAUAGAGAAUCUCAAGCUGGGUGGGAAUCCCUUCACGAUGCUUCCCGACACCCUGUUCAGGAAUAACAGGCUGUUGGGAGAUCUAAAUCUCAGUGUCCUCAACAAAUUGGGAUCUCCACCCGAGCGACUUCUCACGGGACUAAGCAGAUUGGAGAAUAUCACACUGCUGGACUGCAAUUUUACAAGCAUUCCAGAGAAGUUUUUUGCAUAUGCAGGAAAUAUGAAAAACAUUCGAAUGGUCAACAACAGACUUACAUCAUUACCAGCAAACUUGUUCAAAGAGAAUACAAAACUCCUCAACUUGGACCUGAGUUAUAAUGACCUCAAUGAGCUGCCAUUAACAGUGUUUGAAAAGCAGUUUGUCCUGGAAACUCUGAUCUUUUACAGAAACAAUUUCGUCGCACUGAAAGCAGGGCCUUUCGACAACUUGAUUAGCCUGAAAGUGCUUAGUUUUGAAUACAACUUUAUAGAAAGCAUUGAGCAAGAAACAUUCCAAAGACUGCAAAAACUGGAGGACUUGAAGCUUGGAAGAAACAAGUUGAAGGUGCUAGAAGGAAAUGCUCCUUUUGGUCUUAACAAGAAGCUCAAGCGAGUCGACCUUUCAAGAAACAACCUUAUUCAGUUCCCAGACAUCAACUGGGACAUCUAUUUGGCCUUGGAGAAGCUCAACCUUGACUACAACAAUAUAACUUACUUGAGGGUGCCAAACCUCAUCUCAACCAGCACAGAAGUUUCUCUGCGGUUCAACAAAAUAAAGGCUGUGCAGGUCACGGAACUGGAAAUCCUAAAAAAGUAUGAAACAAAAGAAAAAACCUACAAUACUGACACAGCAUCAGAGCAUUACUAUCACUUGGACGGAAAUCCCUUCGAGUGCAACUGUCAACUCUAUGACUUCAUCAAGUACUUGUCAGACAAUAACCAGAAGGACAUUGCAUUGUUCAAGAACUCUCCAUCUUACACUUGCGAAAGUCCAAAAGUACUCAGAGGAAAAAAUCUCUUGGAUGUUGACCCUGAACAGCUUAUAUGUACAAUCAAGGAGAACUGCCCAGAUGAAUGCACAUGCUACUUUCGGCGGAUGGACUACACAACACACAUGGAUUGUAGGCAGGGCAACCUCACAAGGCUUCCAUUAGUUUCACCAGCAAACACAAAUGUUCUGUACUUGCAAAACAACCAGAUUUCAACCGUUGAGGACCUUAGCUCUCAACAGUGGGAAAACUUGACUCGAGUGCACCUAGAUGGCAACACCUUGAAAGAAUUUGACGCUAGUAGACUUCCACGCCGAUUACAGUAUCUCUCUCUCACUAACAACAGCUUGCGCUCCAUGAAACCAGAACUUAUGGCCAUGUUUGCAAACAGUUCUGCCACUCUCAGCCUGUCACUGAGUGGCAACCCAUGGAUCUGUGACUGUUCUACAUUCCCCUUCAAGGUUUGGCUACGUGGGCACGUCUAUAUGAUAAAAGACUACCUGGACAUAGCAUGUGGUGAAAAGAUAAGCCUCAACGACACCUUGGCACUGUCCUAUAUUAACGAGAUACCAGACUCAGUUUUCUGCCCAACAGACUACAGCGUACAAAAGAAGCAGUUAGCAGCAGUAUCAGUUAUCUGCGUUUUGCUCGCUGUGCUUCUUGUAGUGGUGUUGAUCCUCUAUUACAGAAACCGCCAGACCAUCAUUGCCUAUGUCUACAUCCACUUUUACAAUGUCUUUGUUUGUGUCUUCAGUGAAGAGGACCUGGAUGAGGACAAAACAUAUGAUGCCUUUGUAUCAUACAGCAGUGCUGAUCGUGACAUUGCCAUGGCACUACUCAACAGCCUCGAAAGCAAUGAAGAGAAGUUCAAGCUCUGUAUUCAUGAGAGGGACUGGCUGCCUGGUUACAACAUCAGCUGGAACAUCGUCAACUCUGUGCAAAACAGCCGCAGAACCAUUCUUGUGGUAUCCAAGGACUUUCUCGAAAGCCUCUGGUUUCAAGUGGAGUUCCAUACAGCCUACUACCAGAUGUUAGAAGAUCGUGUUGACAGGCUUAUCGUGAUUGUCCGUGGUGAACUGCCGCCAAAGGAAACGAUCGAUAAGGAGCUUAAGUUCUUGCUCACCACAAAGACUUAUCUCAUCUGGGGUGAACGCUGGUUUUGGGAGAAGCUAAAGUAUGCAAUGCCACAUCGAAAGCAGGUUCCACCGACGAACAAACUGGCCAUGAGGAACCGUCCAAACACUGCAAUGGUCAAGACUGUUGAGGACCAAAUUGCAAACCUUACAGCUGGCCAAAAGCAAGAAAAAGCAAGAGAAAAAGUAGAUGAGCCAGAGGAGCCUCCGGUUAGAAUAGAAAACAAUAACCAGGACCAGACAAGUGUAGUGGCACCUCCAAGAAAAACUCUGAGAGGUCUUGGAACUAUUGAGCCUAAAGUCCAGCCUGUGUAAAAAGAUGCUCAUUUUGACACACACCAAAGUGAGAAAGGACAUUGUGUAGAAACAAAUGAGAUAAGAAACUUUUAUGCAACUUUCAGAGUGUUAACUCCCCCAACAGAAAAGUGAACUGUGUAUAGGAACUGCAAAAUGAUGUGGUGCAGUUUGCUGCGGCCUAGGCAACCUCACUCACUGUCUGUGCAUCCAGUGUGUGUGUAUGUGUGUGUGUAUGUGCAUGUGCCGAGUGCCACAAAGUGCAAGUGAAAACUCAUAAUGGUGCUAUUACAGUGCAUGGUGUUCAUCAUGGGAAAGCAGAACACACAGACAGUGCCCCAUGUCUUGUAAAGGACAGUAUUACCAGCACAUCACCAAGAAGCAAAGAACAGAAUGUGCAAUGGUACCUGCGAGCAAACAUAGAGCAGUGUACAAAGUCAACUCAAUAACCACCAGAUGGUUGUAAACAAGUGCUGAAUACUCAGACAAUCUGUGUCCAAGGUCACUGUAUUUGUAAAAAACCAUAAGAGUAACAUAAAAAAAAUUUUGAGGGCUGU